AUGAGCGCCACUCCGCCUCCCAACCAGGUCUUCAUAGGGACCUUUAUCCACUCAAAGGCCCUUGAUGAGCUAGAAUACCUGCACCACACCGCUGUCUUUGUCGAAGGGUCGACGGGGACGAUUGUCGCCAUCGAAAGGGAAUGCGACCACACCCGGACGCUGGACGAGACCUUCAACAGGCUAGGAUGGAGCGCCGCCGAGUGCAAGAUCUACGACUCGACGUCGCCCACCAGGAGGAGUAGCAGCAACGGCAGCAGCAAGAUCAGCAGCGCCCAGAACGAGAGCGACGGCUCACUGCCGUCGACAUCGCCGCCCCCGCCGCCCGUCAGGUUCUUCUUCCCGGGCUUCAUAGACACGCACAUCCACGCCUCGCAGUACCCCAACGCGGGCAUCUUCGGCAAGUCGACGCUGCUGGACUGGCUCAACACGUACACGUUCCCCCUCGAGGCGUCGCUGGGCCGCGACCUGCCCAAGGCCCGCCGCGUCUACGCCCGCUGCGUGGCGCGCACCCUCGCCCACGGCACCACGUGCGCGGCCUACUUCGCCACCGUCGACGUGGGCGCCACCAACCUCCUGGCGGACCUGUGCCUGGAAAGGGGCCAGCGCGCGCUCGUGGGGCGUGUCUGCAUGGACGAGCCGAGCACCUGCCCGGCGUGGUACCGCGACGAGGACGCGGCGGAGGGGCUGGCGCGCGCGCGGGAGUGCGUGGACCACGCGAGGAAGGUCGACCCGAAGGGCGAGCUGGUCCGGCCCAUCGUCACGCCGCGGUUCGCGCCUAGCUGCACGGCGGGGAGCAUGGCCGCGCUGGGGAAGCUGGCGCGGGAAGAGGGCCUGGCGGUGCAGACGCACGUCAGCGAGAACAGGGGGGAGAUCGAGCUCGUGGCGUCGCUGUUCCCGGGGGAGACGGCGGGCGGUAGGGGCUACGCGGGCGUGUACGACGCCUUUGGCCUGCUCUCGGACCGCACCAUCCUCGCGCACGCGAUCCACCUCUCCGAGGCGGAGGUGGCGCUCAUCGCGGAGCGGGGGGCCAAGGUCAGCCACUGCCCGUGCAGCAACAGCGCCAUCACGUCGGGCGCGGCGCGGGUGCGGUGGAUGCUGGGGAAGGGGGUUGAUGUCGGGCUCGGGACGGACGUGAGCGGGGGUUACAGCCCCAGCGUGCUGGACGCGGCGAGGCAGGCGGCGCUGGUGUCGCGGCACGUGGCCAUGGGCAGCAGCGACGAGGGGGACAAGCUGAGCGUCGAGGAGGUGCUGCACCUCGCCACGAGGGGCGGCGCGAGGUGCGUCGGGCUCGAGGGGGUCGUCGGCGGGUUCGGGGUCGGGAUGCAGUGGGACGCGCAGCUCGUCGCGCUCGAUGCGGUCGGGGAGGACGGCGGCGGGGGGGAUGGGAAUGUUGAUGUGUUUGGGUGGGAGAGCUGGGAGGAGAUGGUGGCUAAGUGGUUGUUCAACGGGGACGACCGGAACACGGCAAAGGUUUGGGUCAAGGGGAGGUUGGUGCAUGAGAGGAGGGCAUAG